AGGACCUUCCGAGGGUGGUGAAGAUUAUGCUGUUGCCGCCGGAGACAUCGCCGCCCGUCGCCGCCGCCGAAGACGGCGGAAGCAGAGAAGAUAACCGGAGAAGGAAGCAUAAGAGAACCAGAGCCAUGGCGAAAGUGAAGCCACACUCGAGAGAUUGCGAAGAAGCGUCGACGAGAAAUGGUGCGGUGCUGUGGCGGGAAGAGUGGACACAGUGGCAGAUAAGUGGGUCCCGAUAUUUUGGUGUGUUGUUGACGUGGCAAAGCAGGAUUGGGUCGGUGACAACUCGUUGUUGGGUCAAUUCUUAACCUUCUCUGCCUCAAGACGAAGGCACAUCCCAUUUCUCUUCGGCUCUCUCUCCUAUAGAAGCAUUUCUACAGCACAAUUCAAGUUUUCGGUAGUUCAAUUUAUCCAUUGAAGCUCGAUUCUCGAAUCCCUCCGCAGCAUUUCUUUUCUUUUCGCCCGUAUCCUUCAGGAAUUUUCUGCGAUUUCAUAAAUGAGCCUUUUGUUUUUGAGGCCCUUUAUAUUGUAUUCUUCGCUGCGGUGGAUGACGUGCCAGAGUUGGGGUUUUCCCAGAUGGCCAGGAUUUGAUGGUUUGUUCAGAUUUCUUGUGGUUUUGAUCUUAUGGUCUAUGCUUUUGGAGAUUCAUUAUAUUCCAUCCUCAUCAAUGUAUCCAACCCUACGUGUCGGAGAUCGAAUUCUUGUCGAGAAGGCCUCUUAUUACAUAAGAAAUCCUGCAAUUGAUGACAUUAUAACCUUCCGAGACCCGACACAGCAAUCUGGACGCCGAGAAGAAAACAUUGUUGUAAAGAGAGUUGUUGCAACAUCUGGAGACAUGGUUGAGGUUUGUGAGGGAUGUCUCUAUGUCAAUGGAAUUGCUCAGAAGGAAAACUUCUUAGCGGAUCAGCCAACAUACACCACAAAAUCAACUCAAGUGCCAGAAGGCCAUGUUUACGUGCUGGGCGACAACCGUAAUAACAGCUACGACUCCCAUAUUUGGGGACCUCUGCCCAUUAAGAAUAUUGUUGGGAGAUACCUCUGGUCUUGCCACAAACCAACCAGCAAAUGAUUAAUUUAACAAGUUGAAAUGGAUAUGGAGGUUUUGCAAAUUUCUGGAGGAGCUGAGGAAAAUUAUGCAAAUUUUCAGUUGGCAAGUUGUUUAGUUCCACAUCCUCAUCUAAGAUGCUUUACCCAUGAAGGAUAAGGAAACAAUUUUUUCAUUCUUAUGUUGGUUGGUUAACCUGUGUAAUUUGGUAGGUGGAAAUCAAGUUAUUCUUUGUCAAACAACCAUACCUUGUGUUUGUUUGUUAUUCUUUAUCCAUAUACAAUUAAUUAUGGAUGGAGUAGAUGAAUCAUUAUUGCAUAAAAUAAA